CACAGUGAGGGGUUGUUCAAACUUUGAAUUUUACACAGCUUGAUAGUUUUUGCUUGAGGAGAAACGCUCACCAUGAAGUACAGGACGUUGGUGAUGUAUAUGGAGAUCGGCUGCUUCGUGUCGUGUCUGUGUGGAUGGAUCCUGGUCUGUUCCACUCUCCCCACAGAGUACUGGACUUUCUCUGAGGUGGGGACCAUCGUGCUGACCACCGGCAACUACUACUCCAACCUGUGGAGGGACUGUGUCUCUGACACCACGGGGGUGUCCGACUGCAAGGACUACCCCUCCAUGCUGGCCCUGCCAGUGUUCCUACACGCCUGCAGAGCACUCGCCGUCUGUGCCGUCAUCACUGGCUUCUUCGGAGGCGUCCUCACACUCGUAGGGAUGAAGUGCACUAAAAUCGGUGGAUCAGAGGUUGCAAAUGCAAGGGUGACCUUUGCAGGUGGUUUAACCUACCUGACUUCAGGAUUCUGUGGUAUGAUCACAUACUCGUGGUGGGCCAACAAAAUCGUAUCAGAAUUCGUGGAUCCAAAUUUCAGGGAUCAGAAAUUUGAAAUUGGAGCUGCAGUUUUUGUUGGCUGGGGAGGCUCCAUCCUUCUCUUGUCUGGAGGGGGGGUGCUGACUUACUUCUCUGGAAAAGAAGGCCUACCAUCCAGUUCUGAAAAAAAGCCACACAGACCAGGCACAUACGCCAGCGCCCGGACCAGAAGGACCUACAUGCUGCCAGCUUCCUCGUCCAGAGUUACCCUGGUGCCCCCGCUGUAUUAUGAAGGCAGGAAGAGCAGAGCAACCAGAGGAACCAGAGGGACAACAAAGACUGGUCAGACCUUUAGCAGGGACAGCUUUGUCUGAACCAGAAGACUCUGAACCGAGAAAUGACUCAAAAGACUUAAAAGGAAAUGUUUGACACAUGUUUGAAUAUUGAGCCAGAAUUCAAUUAGCUUAGCCUAGCUUAGCAUACAGACUGGAACCAUUGGGGAAACAGUUAACCUGACUUUGUUGACAGGUCACAAAAUCAAACCUUCUGUUGUUUAGUUCUUUAGAACAACAUUCAUUCAAUGAUUAUAUCAUGUGUGUUUCAUCUGUAAAAAAAUGGCAAAUGACUCUUUAUGAUCUCAGUGGAACAUUUCAUGUCAGGCGACUCUUGACAGGCCCCUACAACCCUCAAGGCAAGGCUGAUGUCACACAUUUGUUUUUGUACACACUAAACAAACUUCACAAGUUAGCAGGUUUUGUUUUUUCACUUCAGGCAUAGCCAUGUUGAUUGUUUGCUUCUGUGUCAACACGAUAUGAUGUGCUAAGCUAAUCAACUGAUUGUUAAUGGUUUUA